GUAGACGCACGUUCUCUCUCUCUCUCUCUCUCUCUCUCGUCGUUGUCGUCGUCCCGAUGACGCGAGACUACUGAAGAGAAGGUGGCGGUGAGCGGGCGGUUUUAUUCGUGGUUGCGCGGGCAGUUUAUCUCUCUCUCUCUCUCUCUCUCUCUCUCUCUCUCUCUCUUAUGAUAAUAUUUAUAUAUAUAUAUUGACGCGCGUGUGGUAUUUGUUUGAUAUGAAAAAAGGGGAAAGAGGAUGAGAAAAGAAAAAAAGAAAAAGAACAAAAAAUGUCCAACGGUGAGAUGACCGACACGAGAAAACGAAAAUCACACGACAACGACGACGUUUCAACAAAAGGACCCGUUAUAAAUAACAACGGUGGUCAGACACGAAACAAAAAAAUUAACAAUAAAUGGAACAAAAACGAUGAAAGUGCCAACAUUCCAGUUCGAAUCUUAACAAGAAAAUACCUACUGACGAAAAUGUGUUACAAAUUCAUUGAAAUAGGAAUCACAGCGACGCUUCCAUCCCACGUAAGCGUCGUCAUAGGCAACAAUUACGGCAAGGAAAUCUCGCCCUCAGCAACCGUUUAGAAAAACUUCCUCGAGCUAGAAUCAAACGUGAUGUCGAGUCUACGAGGCAGUGGCAAAAAUGUUAGAGGAGGAACAGGAGAUUUCCCCAACGAUAUUCUGAUCGAGAAUUUAACGCUACACUUCGGAAAAAUCAAUAAUUUACCAUUACUUACACUGGAAACAUACACGACUUGUCGUCUGUCCGUGUCGCAAGCCACCGUUAUCAAUAUAUACAAACUCAAACAUUGUAUAAACCGCAUCACCAACUUAAUAUGUGCAAUUAUUAAUAACGCGAAAUUACGACAAUUUCUCGACAUUGCAUGCACAAUACCCGAUAAUGUGAAUAUCACUAAAGUAAUACUAAACAGCGAUUUGGUCGGUCGAAACAAUAUAAUCGA